CGAACAAAUAAUUAUGAUAUCAGCUUGGGCUUGCUCCUCUUGUUCGCUAAAUUGAUGAAAGAUAAAUAGAUUCCAAACCAGGAUAGAUGAGUUGGAGUUCGGUCGUCUCUGUUGCGGUGAGGUGAAAUGCUAAGUACGUGAUCCUUUAUUUUGGCCUGAUUAUCGAAAGCUUCCGAUGACGUAUUUGAUCCAAAAUUGUUGCACCAGAAAAUGAAAAUCGCCAUGACAGGGUCGUUGUCGCCCGUUCGCAAAAGAAAAUUGUCGAAAUUCAGUGAAAAAAACGUAAAAAUGAAGUCGAUUUCCGCUUGCACCACGAACCAUCUCAAUGUCAAUUUUGCAACAGAGUCCCUGUAAGUGUGUAAGAAUAUCCAAAUUGUCCCCAAAACACCCUGAACAAAUCCUACCCCAUACCCAAGUCUUAUUUCGUCCCAUACCCGUCUAAAUAUUUUGAUUUUCAACACUUACAAAAGCAAAAGCAGGAUCUGAAUAUGAAUAAAAAGAGCGGUAAUGACCACGAUCAGGAGUAAAACGUGAGUAGUUUUUUUUUGGAAGAACAAGAAGCCGCUCCUUAAAAAGCGGCCACCUGGGCUAUUCUAGUUUUCGUUGAGUAGUUCUUGAAUCUUUCUCAAACACUAACGCCAUGGGUGGCGACGGCGGGUGCAUCAACAGCCGGUGCGACCUGGUGAAGACGCGCGGGCAUGAUUUUUUGAACCGGCGCAUGCACACGGCGCUGGGGCGGCAGCACUCGUGCGUGGUGGCUUUCGCGCAGGAGACCCUGGGCAAGCAGGAGGCGAAGCGGAUGCGCAUGACCACCUGCAGUUUGACGAACGAGCCCCUGGAGGUGAAGAUGGGCGUGAUGGCCGACCGGAUGGGGAACCUCUUCAGCAAGGAGCACGUGAUUGCCCGCCUGCUGUCCAAGCAGAUCCCGCAGUCCUUCGCGCACGUGCAGAAGCUGAAGGAUUUACGUACGCUGAAGGACCUGUCCGGCCGUAGCAGCGGGUCCGUGUCCUCCACGAAGAAGAACCCGCAGGAAAAGGCAGCGGUGGCCGGGGACAUCAUCCAGACCACGGGGAACACGCGCAACGGGUCGGGGAAGAUGUUUUGUCCGCUCUCGGGGAAGGAGCUGGACGACGGCGUCACGCGGUCCGUGCUGUUGUGGAACUGCGGCUGCGUCUGUAGCUGGAACGCAUUUGAGCAGAUGGCGGGCAAAAACGCGAGCAAGUGCCCAAUGUGCGGAGACGACAUCACAGAGAAAGUCACGCUGGCGCCGGACGAGGCGGAGGCGAAGCAGCUUUUCGAGAAACUCCCCGAGAAGGUGCGCAACAAGAUCAAGGCCAUGGAGCUGCGCAGCAAGGCGGAGGAGAAGGGAGAGCUGCAGCCCAGCCCGCGGGACGAGGACGAAGACCACGACCGAGCUGCGAAAAGGCGGAAGAAAGAUCCACAACAUAGGGGGGACCAUGGUGCGCCGGAGGGUAAGGAACCCGAGGUAUUAAACGGUAAAAACAAGAAGUCGGACGUGUUCAACGCACUAUUUCGCCCGUCAGCGGAAAUCAACGCACGUCUCAAAAACCACCGCGAUGGCUUUGGCAUUGGUGCCGGGGCGCGACGGGUGUGAGGAAUUUCACGACGACAAUGAAUGUCAAGGAGCUCUUUCAUCUAAUAUGUUUCCGACAGUUAGUGUUUGACACAGACGACAACAGACAAGAACGAUCAACACCUCUUGAUUCAAGAAGGGCGACCCUGUAUCCAUAUUUGCGCCGCGCAAAGAUCUUGGCGGCUUUGGGAAAUCUGAAAGACUAACACAACAGCAAAAGCAGCAUCACGACUCGACUACUUAUCGUCGUCUGCGGAAGGGCAGUAGUCGCAGUAGUCGCACGCGAGGGUCGCGAACAGGAACAUGCUGCAAUGUCUAGAGAAUUUGUGUUCACAGUGACAAG